GUUUUGCCUUUGUUCUUUCUCAAUAAAAUUAGGCCGAAGCAGCAAAAUGUAGAUCAGGGGUAAAAUCUUGCAACCUUUAGACGUAUCUCUGCUUCAACACACCUGAAUCAAAUAAUGAGGUCAAUAGCAGGACUCUGGAGAACAUGGCUGCAUACUGAGAAGGUGACUGAGCCAUUUAAUUCAGGUGUGAUGGACCAGAGACUACCUAAACGUUGUAGGACACCAUCUGGAUUUGAAGACCUCUAAAGUCAAAUAAAGUCUAAUGUAGUCUACAAGCUUGUAAAGUUAAUGUUAAAACAACCUCAUUUAUAUGGGAGUGGCUGUUAAUUCACUAAAAUUGAGCUCAUAUGUAAACCAGCUACUGUUGAACAUUGAAUAUGGUUUUAAGAUUUCAUUUUCUAAUUUAUUUUUAUAACUUCCUUUUUAUUUGAAACUCUAGUGGUACCUUGCAGUUGUCUAUCAGUGGUCUAUCACUUUCAGUCUGGUUUGUAUAAAAUUCUGUUUUGCAGCAAUACAGUAGACUGGCACUAUAUGAACCAGAGGUGUGUUUAUGAGGUUAGAACCAGUUGAAAGCUGGAGCCCACAGGGCACCGCCUAUAGACUGGUGUAGUCGUCAUCCCAUCCACUGGGGGCUUGUAUUUUUUAUUAUUGUGGGAUUAGAACGCAUUAUUCCAAUAUGGAGGAACCAGGUCGUAGAUCUACUACAGUGUAGACUCCUACGCCCCGAGUCUCCCCCUGCAGUUCAUUGGUCCAUGAGCGGGUUCAGCACCACGCAGGGUGAACAGCGACACUCCGCAGUUUCGUCGGAUGAGGAUGCCACGGAAGCCGCUCAACACGGUUACUAUGACACUGGGUUUCUUCUUCUUUUUUUACUCCGAAUGAGACUGUUCCAUCCAUCCAUAGGAAGUAGUCCCAGCCAGGAUAUUUCUCAGUUUGAUCGGCGGAUUCGUCUUGUCUUCAGAGGAGAUCUAGCAUCGCGGAUGUUCGGAUGCUUCACAGAUUUCUUUUAUUUCGCCGGGUCUGCUUUGCUUCGAGUCCAAAGGCAUGACGGACUCUACUAAAACCAUCCCUCGGGUUCAGUCCAGGUGCUUUAUCUUCUCAUGCACAACGCCGCAUCCGCUAUCACAGCUGCCGCCGCCCGAACACCGGUUCUCCCAGCCGGCGCCACGGUGUCCGCCGGUCCCCCAAAGCCUCUUAUGACAUGACAACUCCGGGCAGGAGGAGCAGGAUCAAAGGUUGUGGGUAGGGGUUGCAGAAGGAUGGGUCACAUCCUCAAGGAAAGGGUGCAGAGAAACUGAAAGUUUCCCUUUCACAGUGUCUAAGCAGAGAAGAGCUCGACUGGUUUGGAGUCUCCAGGGGGUCAGAAAGUCCCCGUGAUCCUUAUUCUGAUCUGUAUACCUUCAGUGUGGUGACCCCCACCUCUGCCUCCCAGUCUCAUCUGAUGUACGGCCUCAUAGUGUUGAUACUGGUCGAGUCCCAGCCAGCUGCGAGGUUCCCCGGGCCUGUGAGGUUCUCCUUCUCCUGCGCAGUCAUGGGCUGCAUUCAGAGCAUAGCCUGCAACAAGUCGCGAAUCAAGCGGGAGAACAUCGUGGUGCAUGACCUGUCCGCCACCAUAGACCACUGUCCGACUGUCAUAGAGGAAAACUCCCCCAUUGUGCUCCGAUACAAGACGCCCUACUUUAAAGCCGCUGCGCGGAUUGUCAUGCCCCCCAUUCCGCGCAACGAGACCUGGGUGGUGGGUUGGAUCCAGGCGUGCACUCAGAUGGAGUUUUACAACACCUACGGAGACAUCGGCAUGUCGAGCUGGGAGCUGCCUCAGCUGCGGGAGGGUCUGGUGAGGGCCAUCAGCGACUCCGAUGGCAUCAGUUAUCCCUGGUACGGAAACACAACAGAGACGGUCACCAUAGUGGGGCCCACCUCCAAACCGUCCCGCUUCACAGUCAGCAUGAAUGAUAACUUUUACCCCAGUGUCACCUGGGCCGUGCCGGUCAGCGAGUCCAACACGCCCUUGCUGACCAACAUCAAGAGGGACCAGAGCUUCACCACCUGGCUGGUGGCGCUGAACACCACGUCCAAGGAGAAGAUCCUGCUACACACCAUCAAGUGGCGGAUGAGGGUGGACAUAGUUGUGGAUCCAGCCCAGCCUCUGGGCUCCAGAGCCCGGCUGGUGGGCCGGCUGUACCAGGAACAACCGCGGGUGCUGAGCCGCAUGGAGCCCGUCCCUCCAAACGCCAUGGGGAAGCCGAACGCCAAUGACGCCCAGGUUCUGAUGUGGAGGCCAAGGAGAGGUCCUCCGCUUGUUGUCAUACCGCCUAAAUAGAGCCAAGAGAGGCUCUUCAUAACUGUUUCUUUUUGCUACAACAUCACAGAGAGCCACAUACGACUGAAAAUGAUGAUGAAAGACAGAAGCAGAGUUAAGUAUUUAAUUGUUGAAUCAGUAUUAAAACUCUGCCUUAAUUCCCCACCGCUGCCUUUGACCAUCCAGAAGGUUUCAGCCUCUGGUGCUGCAGAACUGUGGAGCGUACGGAGGUGCACUCUAACCCAGCACACCCGAGCAGAGCGCUGCUUAACUCUGAGAAAACACCGUCAGUGCUGGGAUGUAUCAUUAAUCUUCGAUGUAGCUCCUCUGGCUCAGGAGGACGUGAUCAAGCCUUGACACAGGCAGAUAUACACAAAAAGGUUUACAGCCUUAAAGAUCCUCCAGAGGAAAAGUUUUGGAGGUGAAGGUGAAGGAAAGACAACUCUAUUGUGGGGAUUAAUUGAUCGUUUUCAUUUCUGAUGGAUGAUCUGAAUGUACGUAUUCAGGUGUUUUUGUUUGUGCAGAUGUGUUUUUAUAACGGCUGCUUUCGGGCUUGCUGCUGUCACACCAGACUGCCUCAAACACGCCAGAGGCCUCAUUCAGGUUAGUUUUAGAUUCUACUUUCAGAUCACAGGAAAUGCAGACUCGACACGUACACAAUGACACAUGAAUGAAGCCUACAGAGAGAUUCUCCUUUUCUAACAGUGACUUCAUCCAAGCUUCCCAGUUGCUCCAGUUCUGCCUUUGCAAAGCCAGAGAUGCCUGCCGAUAUCGACAGUAAAGCCGGAUUUUUUAAUUUUAUUUUAUUUUUUGGUGAAAUUUUCAGACCCCUCCUAUUAGAUUUGGAGAGAAUGAAAAUGUAAGGAUGCAAACGUACCUCGAAAUGAUUUGACUGUUUGUUAGAAAGGGAAACCAGUAGUAUACCACCAUGUUGAAUCACAACUACAUGCCACAUCAUCAAACCCUCUGUCCCCCUUUUCACCUCCAUAAAUUCAUGGUCUUUCAGUAUUACUCACAGGGGCUUUAUGCUGCUUUUGUCUCCCAGUGGGAGCUGUGUUCGGACUGGUAUCGUGAAAUAGAUGGGGUUUAGUAGACUUUGGGGUUGGAAGUGGCGAAUAGGAACUCUAAACUCUUCAUUCUUCCUCUCUACCUUGCCUGUUGCUCUUAAGCUUUGCAUCCCAUCUUAAAAUGCGGUUUAAAAAUCUGCCUCUACAAUCGACGACUUGCUUUAAAAACUCGUUGUCGUAGUUUUUAUUUCUCAGAAGGCAAACCAGAGAGUGGGUUCCAGCUAUUGAGGAAUUACAUUUCUCCUGACCUCUCUGGGAAAAUUUGCUCUUCCUGCUUUUGCAUAGCAAGAUCCAACUGAUUGUUGAACCAAGGAACAGUGUGGCUCUCAUCCAGGCAGAGUACAGAUCUUUACCCUUCCCUGGGUUUGAAGCUUGUCUGUAAUUAGCAGAGUAUCAAGGUUUGGGUCAUGGAUGCAGUUUACAGUGUUACAGCCACAGUGUCUAGAUCAGGGGUGGGCAACUCCAGGCCUCGAGGGCCGGUCUCCUGCAACUUUUAGAUGUAUCUCUACUUCAACACACCUGAAUCAAAUAAUCAGGUCAUUAGCAGGACUCUGGAGAACUGCACUUAGGAGGUGAUUCAGCUAUUGGAUUCAAGUGUGUUGGACCAGGGAGACAUCUGAGAGUUGCAGGACCUCGAGGACCAGGAUUGCCCACCGCUGGUCUAGAUAGUCUCCAGAUUCUACAAGAUUUCCACAUAUUUUUGUGUUUUUAGCCAAUAACGAACAAUUUCUACACACAAUUGGUUACUGACAGCAAAGUAAAAAGAAACACAAUGUGAAAUGAUUAGGAAUGUUUCUUCUUUUUCUUUAGUCAUACACAAUACAAAGACAUUAUUUUAAAGGCUGAAGCUGAAACACAUUCAAGACGAGAGGCAAAUGUAUCGUUUUUUUUUUUUUUUGUUUUGUUUUUUUACAACACUAAGCAUUUAAAAACAUGGCAGAAACAGCAGCUGGGGUGUUAAAAGUCAAAGGUGUCUGAUUCUUGUGUGAAUUAAGGGGUUUUGUUGCUCGGUGGUUUAAUGUUCUUGUAUUUUUGUUCCAUCUUGUUGUGUCAGCUCCGACGUCCAGGUGGAUCAGUUCGACGGAUGGAUUUUUUUUUCUGAACUAGAGAUAUUUGCUAAAAACAUUUCAAACAGGGGUUAGCAUUAUCAGUAAGGGUUGCACCAGUACAUGAAUGCAUGCAUCAGUCAGUAUUAUUGGUGCCUUCUCUGGUUGGUAAGUUGCAUAUCUCUGGUGGAUUUAUUCUGUGGUCAGGGACGGCUGGGUUUCUCUUCAGCCUGAAGGACACAGAGUAAUCAACUUGAGUUUUUGUUUUAAUAUUUCAGUAAAAUUUAAAGUUUUUCAUAAUCAUGUCCAAAAACAAUUUACCUCUAACCUUAUUUAUGUUUUGUUUUUAGUGGGUUUUGUUGUUUUUGUAAUUUUCCCCUUAUAUGUCAAAGUUUUGAGAGGCUGUAUUCUCUUUAUAGACUUUUGUCAGUGUGGAAGUGUCUCUGUGGCGACCAAAAGAUUUCUUCUACAGACCAGUGUUUUUGAUACGUACAGUGUUGUCAGCUGGAAGAGUUUUAAUUUUGUUUUGUAACCCCCCCCCUCUGUUGUGUAGAAAUGUCCCAAGAUUUUCAGAAUCUUUCUAUGGAGAUUAAAAAAGGAAAAUGCUAAUUUUACACAAAUUCGUCUUUGAGGAUUUCCCACCAAUCUCUUGCAUAAAGCCGUUCUCCCUGCUGAUUCUUCAAAAGUCAGUUUCCUUUUUGUGUUCCGUCCUAUUCCUGAUCUGUAAAAAUCUUCAGUAUAAUAUUGCUGGCUGACUAAUUGUAAUUAAAUAUGCUUUAAAAUAGGUAGAAAACCUUUUUUCCCCCUAGGAUUUAAAAAAGCUCGCAGCGCCAAGUUUCUGAAAUAUUAUACACAUUUAUUUGCUCCUCACCCAAUAAAAUGGAGAACACAAAAUUUCCUUUAUAAGUGCUUUUAGAUGCUGUGGGAUUUUGCAUGUAUGGCUGCUGUCAAAAUGCAAAAGUACCCAAGUGUUAUACGAAUAUAUUAAUAUUUACCCCACUCCCCAUCUCAGUGUAACCACUGAAUAUUUCAAGGAAACCAAAAAUGAGAAAACCACUAGAAAAUUUCCUCUUGACUCAGGUCAACCCAUUUUACGAUGCCUUGAAAAAUAUUUCUAUCUGUUGAUGGGAUUUUUUUUUUUUUACAUUUUGUCAUGUGACAAUGAUGAGAAAAUGAGAUAGGAAAUCUAUGUUGACGAAUCAUGUGCAAUCAAAAUGCAGCUGCAUGCCUUACUCCACAGCUGUCCCCAAUCAGUAAUCAAUGUUCACAUGAAAGGUAAACACCCAGCCUAACCACAAGGAUUGUAACACACAGCCACAAACCUUGACAUGCUUUAUUGGGAUUGUAUUUAUAUGAAAUGUCACAAAAUUAAUUAAUCCUAUGACCUCUGAAGGUCACACUGGAUUUUACCUAAAGGUAUCAGAAUAAAGGAGGCUGAAUACAAAUUCAUGUCACACCUUUUUUAGAUUUAUAGUACCAAAGAUACACUCAAAUUUUACAGGUGUAUCAUAAAAAUCAAGUAGCAAAAUGUGAAAAAUAUGACGGUGUAGGAAUACUUUUGAAAGGCAUUGUAAGGCUGGCUGUGCAUUCAUGACAAUCCAUUUAAAAGUGGUUCAAAAUUGCUGCUCAAAACCCAAACAGAUAAAUUAAAAAAGAUGUCCUAGGGAAUUAAAAACAGUCAUAGUGCCUCUUCUGGUGUCAUGUCUUUUUCUAAACUGCUACUAAAAAAAGAAGGAAGGCUGAAAGUAAAAUUAGUGCAGCACAGCUGUAAUGUCACUGGUUUGCCAGGUCGGUCCAUCUGUUCAGUCCAUACUGCCUCAUCGACACAAAAAACCGGACAGAUCACGGAGGAGCGCUGAGCCCAGCCAGAGGAGGAAUGGACGACACAUAGUCGCUCCCAUGCUGCUUCUUCAUUGUGGCGCCAGCUGAACGAGGCUUCAUGCACAGACCAACACACACCUCACUAUCAGAGAGGUGGGCAGCCGGGUGUUUUGGAAAACGGAUACGCCUACCUUAACCUAGACCCGGGAGCGGUCGGUGAAAAAUCUGAGGAUUCAGACGUCUGAAGUCACACUGACAAUCAGGAAAAAAACCCCAACAGAGCAGCACUUCUGACAGAGGAAUUCAUUAUUGUUCAACGAAUUGUGGCUUUUCUAGUGUGAAAAUAGUGAAGACUGUAAUGUUUUAAUGAGGAAAAAUAAAUUUAAAUAUAUUUAUAUCUGAUCAUAUCUGCUGUCUGUGUGUUCGAGGGUUUCAAAAGUAUCCCUUUCUCUGUAAAGGAGUCUUCAUAAGGAGAAUUAUUGGUUCAUUAUUUUUGUUUACAGUGCAGUGAUGUCAACUCAGAAUAUCAGGCUUUUGUUCUUGAAUUUCUUUCCAUUUUACCAAACCGCACCAAAAAAAAACAACUCUCCAUAUUGUCACCUUUAUAUUUUGUUUUAAUACAUUCCAGGCUGAAUAUACCAGUUAAUGUGUUGCACAGCAGAAAGGUUCAAACAGGAGCCACACAACCACCCAUACUCAUAAGUUACACACUGUCCUUAAAGAAAAGCUUCACAUGUAGAUAAUUAAGAUAAACUUAAUAUUUAUACCCGCUUUAUCCCAACGUAGCUCAGAAAACAAAAACAAACAAACA